CGGUGCUGGUCGAGGCGCUGGUGCUGCGGCUCCGCCUGCACUGGCCGCCUGCAGUUACCGUUACUGACACCGCGACCGGCUCGUCUGCCGUGGCCGUGAGUUGGAGAGGGGGGGCACCACAACAUCGGUGACCGACACCGGCGGCGGACCUGCCUGACUUUUCUGCCUCCCUCUCUCUCUCUCUCGCUCUCUCUCUCUCGCUCUCUGAGUCUGUCUUUAAGCGCAGAAAAACAGAACUAAAAAGCUGCGGGUCGCUCCCUCCAGGCGGCACCCGAACUGACAACAAAACAAACAAACAGACAGACAAACAAACAAACAAACACCGCAGAAACGGAAGAUGAGUUCCUACUUCGUCAACUCGCUUUUCUCCAAGUACAAAAGCGGGGACUCGUUACGUCCGAACUACUACGAAUGCGGCUUCGCACAGGACCUGGCCGGCAGCCGGCCCACCGUGGUGUACGGCCCGGGCUCCGGCGCCACCUUCCAGCACGCUCCGCAGAUCCAGGACUUCUACCACCACAGCGCCUCCACGCUGCCCAGCAACCCCUACCAACAGAGCCCCUGCGCGGUCACAUGCCACGGCGAGCCGGGCAACUUCUACGGAUACGACGCCCUGCAGCGACAGACCCUUUUCGGGGCCCAGGACGCGGAUCUGGUCCAGUACAGCGACUGUAAGCUCGGCGGAGCCGCGGGACUGGGCGGCGAGGACGCGGAGGGAACCGAGCAGAGCCCGUCCCCGACGCAGCUGUUCCCCUGGAUGAGGCCGCAAGCAGCUGCGGGCAGGAGGCGCGGCCGACAGACCUACAGCCGCUACCAGACCCUGGAGCUGGAGAAGGAGUUCCUCUUCAACCCCUACUUGACCCGGAAGCGCCGCAUCGAGGUGUCGCACGCGCUGGCGCUGACGGAGAGGCAGGUGAAGAUCUGGUUCCAGAACCGCAGGAUGAAGUGGAAGAAGGAGAACAACAAGGAUAAGUUCCCGAGCAGCAGGAGCGAGCAGGAGGCGGUGGAGCGGGAAAAGCGGGAGAACGUCAUUCGUCUUGAUAUCCUCUCCACAGCGUCUGCACUUGUCUGUUGUCUGUGA